UCAAUGACGUCUAUCAUCCUUGGUUACGAUAUAGGAGUGAUGAGUGGAGCUGCAAUUUUCAUAAAAGACGAUUUGAAACUCUCGGACGUACAACUUGAGAUUCUUAUGGGGAUUCUAAAUAUCUACUCUCUAAUCGGUUCAGGCGCGGCUGGUAGAACUUCAGAUUGGAUUGGAAGACGAUAUACCAUAGUGUUGGCAGGAUCUUUCUUCUUUUGUGGUGCUCUUCUCAUGGGUUUUGCCACAAACUAUCCUUUCAUUAUGGUGGGUCGUUUCAUAGCUGGUAUCGGUGUCGGUUAUGCUAUGAUGAUUGCACCUGUUUACACCGCUGAAGUCGCUCCUGCCUCCUCACGUGGUUUCCUUAGCUCUUUCCCUGAGAUAUUUAUCAACAUUGGUAUACUUUUAGGGUAUGUGUCCAACUACUUCUUCUCUAAGCUUCCCGAGCAUCUCGGCUGGAGGUUCAUGUUAGGGGUUGGAGCGGUUCCCUCGGUAUUCCUAGCAAUUGGAGUGUUGGCAAUGCCGGAGUCUCCACGGUGGCUA